AUAUGAUUUAAUUAGUUGAUUUAAUUAGUUCUCUAUCUAUUCAAAGUUAUUGUUGUAAUAGAUUAUCACUACCAACUCACGAAUCUUUUUCAAACUAAACUACAAAUAUGUAUAUCCAAAUCAUUUAUCAAAUCAUUCUCAAAAUUUGCUAACCAAACAUUUAAAUAUAUUUUUUCUUCAUUUAGAAAUAUCAAAUCCAUAAAAAAGGGAAUGAAACCAAAUCUUUUGCUCCUUUUCAUCCCCACCAUCAAAGCGAGCAAAUCAUUCUAGCAAUCAAAAUCCAGCAGUUAUCCAUAUCAUAUAAAUAUAUAAUCCAGGUUCGUUUAACUCCCGAACCAAAAUCAUGUUCCCAAACCAUCAUUUUUAUGACCGUUACAAGCCGAACCAAACAAAAAAUUCAAAUCUCAAAAUUUUAAAAUCCUCUUUAACCGUUAAAAAAACACUCUGUGUCUUCUCUGUCUUCCUCAUAAUCCCAAAACCCCUCUUUCUCUCUCUACCCCAUAUAAUUCUCUGUCUAAAAAAACCUCGAAUUCUCCAAAAAUGGUGUCAAGAAUUAUCAAAAAAACCCCAACAAAAUCAAUCAAAGAUUGCCGGAGAAACUCUCGCCGGAAAAAAACUCCGGUGAAAUCCCCCUCUUCCUCCGUUGUAAUCGCCACAAUUAAUGAAUCAUUCUUCAGCUGCCGCCGCCGCCUCGUAAAAAUCUUCUCAAAGCUCGUCAAAAUCGCCACCCCAAAGCGCAGUCUUAAGAAACAAGGCUUCAAAAAGCUCAAGAAAAACGCUGAUUUUGAUUUUCUUUUCCCUGAAAAAACCCCAGAAACCAAAAUCGCUAAACCUCUGUUUUUUGCUCUUCCACCCUCUGAAAACCCUGAAAAACCCACCAUUUUUCUUGAUCUUGAUGAAACCCUAAUCCAUUCUUCUGCUGAUUUACCCUCUAAACCCUUCGAUUUCGUGGUUCGCCCGAAAAUCGAAGGCGAAACAAUGGAUUUUUAUGUCAUUAAACGACCUGGGGUUGAUGAGUUUCUUGAAUUUUUAUCAAAGAAGUUUGAGAUUGUAAUUUUUACAGCAGGAUUAAGGGAGUACGCCUCGCUGGUGCUCGAUAACUUGGAUAAGAACAGGGUGAUUAAUCAUCGGCUAUACCGCGACUCUUGUAGAGAAUUGGAUGGGAAAUAUGUUAAAGAUUUGGCUCAAAUGGGGAGAGAUUUAUGGAAGGUUGCAAUUAUUGAUGAUAAUCCGAAUUCAUUUUCUUUUCAGCCGGAAAAUGCAAUUCAAAUUAAGCCUUUUAUUGAUGAUUUACAGGAUAAUGAGCUUAGUAAAUUGAUUCGGUUUUUCGAUGCUUGUGAUGGUGUUAAGGAUAUCAGGGAUGCUGUCAAGUUGUUUGCUCAUGAUAAUCUUCAAUCAAGUUUAUUGGAUUGAAAAAAUUGUUUUAUUAAUUUUUUUUUUUUUUUUUUUUUUUUGGUGCUUUGUUUUUCAGAUUUGAUUUGGGAAUUUUUAGGUUAAUUUUCAUUGAACAUAUUUCGUUCAAUUAGCAAUGUUAAAGAUGAAGAGAAAUAUGAUGUAAUGAGUUCAACAAGAAAUGAAAUCACAGUUUUUAACUCUUUUUGCAUUGUUAUUUCCCACCAUUUUAUUAUUUGAAUCCUUGAAUGUGCUUUAUAUUCAGCCAUUAUUUUUUGGAGCUUUAUAUUCUUUCACUUUUCCUUUAUUCUUUUAGUUUCUUUAUAUGAUAGAGUGAGAAUCAAGACUAACUCUUCCUUCAUAUUUACAUAUUUAGACCUUCAGUGGUACAUAAAUAUCACAUAACAAAUGAGUUUCGUUUGAUUCGUUUCUAUAGUUUGUACUCUGUAGCAUUUUAGCUCUCCAUUUGACGUUACUGUGGAGGAGUAUGCUAUUAAAAUCUUCCUAAUGACUAUGGUUAGAGAUAUGAUAUGUAGUCAACUAGUCAAUAUUG